GCCAUUCGUACACAUUUACUCCGCAUUCCUGAAGGUCUGCUGGUGACCAAAAACGAUGUUCUAAAAGAUAUUAGACAAGGUGAUGUCCUCACAGCUUUCGAAAAAGAUGAUGGUCGCUUUGUGGAUUUGCGUUUGGCCAAAAGCGCCAAGAAAAAGAUGUUGAUGAAGAACAAAAUGUCGUUGGAGGAGUUAAGGCUUCAACAGAACAAAUCCAUCUCUCUUAGUCUUCUACUUGUUAGCCUUGCUUUUUAUCUUUUGCUGGUUUCUUUUAAUACAAAGGUGAGACCUCUGGGGCUGACAGGACCACAACAGGGCCGGCGCUUAGUUAGUCGCUGUAAGUAAGUACUUGCCUGGCCUUUCUUUUUCGGUUUUUGUUUUUUCUAGUUAGGCCUGCUCCGCCAACAAUAUAUGGGAUGAAUAAACGGGCAUUAUUAAUUAUGAAGAUGCUCCAGCACAAGAUAUUAGAUGAUGGAUUGCUACUUCUUCUGCCUCUAAAACAGGAGGACGAUGAAGCAGGAUGGUGGACAACAAUGCCUAUGGCAAUGCCGG